CCGGGAGGGGAUGGUGCCUGCCGUCGUGGGCGCCGCGGUGGGCGCCGUGCUGAGCGCCGCGACGCAGAACGUGGCGGAGCGGGUGGCCAAGCUCGUCGACAGGAGAUGCGAGCUGUGGCGCGGUUUCCCCAGCGACAUCGACUUCAUCAGGAGGGAGAUGCUCAUGAUCGCCGGAGCCGAGGAGGAUCACCACCGGUCCGCUGGGAAGGGCGGCGACACCACGAUCAGCGCCGUGAAGCGCGUUUCCAUGGAGGAGAUGCGCGACCUGGCGCGCGACAUCGAGGACUGCCUCGAUCGGGUCCUGCGCCACGCUGCCCAAGGAUCGUCGUCGCCGCUCCUCUGGGCGGUCGCCGGCGGCGGCGGCGGCCCUGCACUUGCGACCGAGGUCAAGCGACUCAAGGAGCGGCUGAGGGCCGCGCAUCAACGGAAGGCCGACUACAACGUCGACGACGACGACGGCGGCUGCCAGCAACUGGUCGCCGCCACCACGAUUACUACUCGGGUCGUCGGACCCGUGGGCAUCGACGAGCCCAAGAGGGAGCUCCUCGAGCUGCUGCUCCGCGGCGUCGAGGGCCGGCGGCCGGAGCAACUCACCGUGAUCUCCAUCGUCGGCUUCAGCGGCUCCGGGAAGACCACGCUCGCGGCGGCACUGUUUGGAUGCCCCGACGUCGUCCGCCAAUUCCCCUGCCGAGCCUGGGUUGUGGCAUCUGAACACAGCAGUAGCAGCAAGGGGUUCCUCGCGGCACUGCUGGAGAAGCUUCGUCCGGGAGACCCAGCCAGUGGCGGCGAUGUCCAGCAGCUCCAGGACGCCAUCACAAACCACCUCAAUACUAAGAGGUACCUCAUUGUAUUAGAUGAUAUUGAGGAGGAACAGUGGGACUGUAUAAAAUCAACCCUCCCGGAAAGGACAGAUAGCAGAAUAAUAGUGACCACAAGAAUUCAAGCACUAGCUGAAGCCUGCUGCAACCAUGGUAGCAAUGGCUAUGUCUACAGCAUGAGAUCUCUUGAUGAGAAGCAUUCAAAGGAGCUGCUGCAAGCUGUACUGAGGAGAGAUUUACCUGGGUAUGAGCAGAGUUCGACACUGAUCGUGAAUAAAUGUGAUGGCCACCCACUCGCUCUUUUUAGCGUGGCCAAUUAUUUGCAGAAGAAAAGUAAGUUCACAGAAACCGACUGCAAAAACUUUUGGAGUGAUCUAGGUUCUCACAUGGCGAAGGAGUAUGCCUUCAGAAAUCUACAACAAGUUCUUCUGAAUAACUACAGAAGCUUGCCUGGCCAUCCUGUCGAUCUCAAGACCUGUUUACUGUAUGUCUGUGUGUUCCCAAAUGGCCAUCCCAUCAGGAAGAGCACUCUGAUGAGGAGAUGGUUAGCCGAAGGAUACAUAAAGGAUGCGGACCCAGGCAAAGCUCUUCUGGUUGCAGAUAGAAGCUUGGAUGAACUAGUAGACCGGAACAUCAUGAAGCCAAUCGACCCAAGCAAGAACGCAAAACUGAAAACGUGCCGAGCUCAUGGCAUCAUGCACGAGUUCAUGCUGCACAUGUCCAUGUCUGCAAAGUUCAUCACAUCUCUUGGUGAUCCACAGAGAAGCAAUUACCGUCACCUCUUUAUGGAUGGACGCCCUGCAACUUCCAGUGGCAGGGUAUCAAACGUGAAUCAUCGUCACACAAGCACUACACAUGGAGGGAGAGGGAAGCCUGACGAUGAGAAACUGCGCGCUCAUUCUCUGACGAUCUGUGGGAGUGCAGGAGAAGCUGUUGUGGAUUUUGCCAACUGUUGUGAGCUGCUUCGAGUCUUGGAUCUGGAAGAGUGCAAGGAUUUGAAGGACGAUCAUUUGGACGGCAUACACAAUCUGUGGCAUCUGAAGUAUCUAAGUCUCGGGGCCGCCAUUAGCCGCCUUCCAAGAAAAAUUGAGAAACUGCAUUGCUUGGAGACACUUGAUAUGAGGAAUGCCAUGGUAGAAAUAAUAUUGCCUGUGGAAGUCUUAAAGCUGCCCUACCUAGCUCACAUAUUGGGAAAGUUCAAGCUUGGGAAGAGGGACUGGAAAAUGAGCGAAUCAUGCAAGUUCUUGCUGAAAGAGAGCAACUUGCAGACUCUAGCAGGAUUUGUGAUAGACAACAACCCUGGUUUUCCCAUGCUAAUGGUUCGUAUGAAGAAGUUGAGAAAUGUUAAGAUCUGGUGCCAUGAAGAUGAUAGUAAUAGUCUAGCUCUAGCUGAACUUUCGACAGGUAUCAAGAAGUUUGUUGAGGAUGAAUUGGACACAAGUAUCGGUGCCCGCUUUCUAUCCCUACAUCUCGGGAAUUCCUCGGUGAACAUCCUGUAUUCUCUGGAGAAUUCGUUUGGCUACCUCAGCUCCCUGAAACUACAUGGGGCACUGAGAGGGCUGACUCAGUUUGCUACAUCGCUAUGUGGUCUCACCGAGUUGUGCCUUUCAUCGACUAAUAGUCUGAUGAGCACUGAGAUACUAAACCUGCGCAAGUUGAUCCACUUGGAGUACCUGAAACUGGUGAGAGUCAGCCUUGGAGGCUUUAUCAUCAGAAGACAGGAUUUCCCAAGACUGCUACGCCUAUGCCUCGUGCAGAGUCCAGCCCUCCCUACAACUGAAGAAGGAUCCUUACGGAAUCUCAUCUCACUUCAGCUUCUCAGUGAAGAUCUAGGUGACGUAUGUGGCAUCGAAACCGGAAGGCAUGAACACCUCCAGGAAGUUGCUCUUGAUUCUAAGAUGAACAAGGAAGCAAAAAGGGUUUGGGAAGAUGCAGCUAAGAAGCACCCAAGGAGGCCAAGGGUUUUGUACCUCAAAAGGGUUGAUCCGCAGGGAAUGGGUUCCAUGGUGAAAUAUGUUGCUGCCAGGGAACCUGAACAUGAGACAGAAUGUUCCGUCAUGCAGGAGAUGAUGAAUGAUCAGGAGUUACCUGCUGCCCAAGAGAACAGAGUUGAGGUCUGUCCGAAUUCUAAAAACUCUAAUGUUUGUGGUCUGAAACAUGGAAAGCGAUUGCAAAGUGCUGGUGUUCAUGGGAAGAUUAAAGAACCCAAUCAUCAGAUUGGCGACAAAGAUGAUGGGGAAGACAAAAACUUUCAUCAGAGACAUAAAAGAUUUUCAGGAUAUCAGAAGGCAGGGGUUGUGAUCAAGGAAACAGCUCUAGACAUCUCUAAGAAUACUGUGACAAACACUGCGAUUAGAGCUGUAGAUAACUGUCGUCAGAUGGGGAAGCGUAAGGUGGAUGAGAUUCCUGAGAAUGCAUAUGAGUGGCAAGAGAGAGAAUUGGCUUUGAAGUUAGGCCCGUUAGCCAACACUAUCGCUUCACCACCAAGCUCAGUGCCAGGAGCCCCGGAAUGAAUAACGGUGGCGGCGGCAUGCCCGGCGGGGUGAGGCGAUGAGCCGUCAGCCAUCGCUGAUGGGGUCUCCGUCGAUCAUCGGGGGCUGGGAUGAAGCUUGGAGUGAAGAUCCAAAUCCAAUUGUUCAAAUACAUUGACAUCUAUCCACCUAACUAAAUGGCAUUCAAGAGAAGUCAUCUUGAUUAUUAUUAAAUUACUCUACUUAUGUUUAUCUUUUAUCAUUGUGACUUCAAGGCAAUACAAGUCCACGCUUCUACUGUUCGUCGUUUAA